GCCAAUCAGAGUUGAGGUUAUGGUCGGGAGUGACGGCUGAAGGAGCUUGAGGAGGUUCUCCGUUCCCGCUCGGUGUGGGAUUUUCUCAAUGUUAAAUGGCGCCAGGCAUCCUGAUGGAGGUGUGUGUGGAUUCUGUGGAAUCAGCCAUUAGUGCUGAAAGGGGAGGGGCAAGUCGGAUUGAACUGUGUUCCAGUUUGGUGGAAGGCGGCAUCACCCCUAGUAUUGGGUUGCUGCAGGUGGUUAAACAGUAUGUGAAGAUCCCAGUGUUCGCUAUAGUCCGCCCGCGAGGAGGGGACUUCCUCUACACCGACAGCGAGAUCGAAGUCAUGAAGGCCGACAUCAAGAUGGCCAAAGCCAGUGGUGCAAAUGGCAUUGUGUUUGGGGUAUUGACGGAAGAUGGAAGGGUUAACUGUGAAGUCUGCAUGGAUUUAAUCGCUGAAUCACGACCCUUGCCUGUGACUUUUCAUAGAGCUUUUGACAUGGUGCAUGACCCCUCUACGGCACUGGAAUGUCUCAUCUCAUUGGGCUUUGACCGUGUCCUCACCAGCGGAUGUGACAGCACUGCCCUUGAGGGGUUGCCAACUCUCAAGCACCUGGUAGAACAGGCAAAACAAAGGAUAAUUGUUGUAGCAGGUGGCGGAAUAACAGAAAGAAACCUGCAGCGGAUUCUGGAAGGCUCUGGCAUCUGCGAAUUUCACUGUUCUGCUCGAUCUUCCCGAGACUCUUUAAUGAAGUUUCGAAACAACUCGGUCUCAAUGGGAGCCUCCCUCUCCCCGCCAGAGUACAGCGUGAAAGUGGCAGACAUCUGUAAAAUUCGAAUGCUGAAUGCCAUUGCCAAGGACAUUGUAUAAAUAUGAGGAGCAUCAAGCCUGGGUAAAGAAGGAACGAAGAGGAGCUACAAGGAAGAAUUUACAUGUUUUAAUGUGGGUCUUGUCAUUUGAAAAAUGGUGCCUUAGUUACUGCCUGAGAAAGGAGCAGCUGGGAUAAUUGGACUGAAAAGGAGUUUUAAUGGAUGGGGAGAGCCUGUCUGCAUCUCUUUCGAAGAUCAUGAACCAUCAGGUCUAGUUUAAAUGUUCUGCAGUUCAUGCCUAACCAUAUGAAGAUGGAACUCUUCCCACUCAAAGUGCAUGGAGUACAAUCUCCAGUUAACAAUUAAAAACUUGUCUGGUUGGACCUCUUUUUCUGUUAUAAUAUCCCCUUCUCUUCCACUUCCCUCCCUUUCUUCAAUGUGUGAUUCUUUGUUGGGAUAUAGGUCCACGGUGCCUAACUCAGUUGUGUGUGACACCAUUCAGGUUGGCCACUCUCAGUUCUACCUGGCCACAGAUGUCUGCAUCCUCUCUAAAUCUGCAAUGGGAAGCAUUGACGAGUUCCUUUCAACCCAGCUAUGAUACUCCUGAUGUCCAGCUGAAACUUGGAACUCCGCAUAGGCUAGGGAUUAAAGCUGGGGUGCUUCUGCCCUGUGUUAUCCCUGGAUAAGGCCAUAAAACAUAGGUGCAGAAUUAGGACAUUCAGCCCAUUGAGUCUGUUCUGCUAUUCCAUCAUGGCUAAUUUAUUUUCCUUCUCUCCAUAACCUUUAAUGCCCUUACUAAUCAAACUCCACUUUAAAUAUACUCCAAUGGCUUGACCUUCACAGCUGUCUAUGGCAAUGAAGUUCACAGAUUCACCAGCCUCUAGCUUAAAAAAUUACAUCUCAUCUCUGUUCUAAAGGGACAUCCUUGUACUUUGAAGCUGUGUCCUCUGGUCCAAGACUCCUACUACUGGAAACAUCCUCUCUAUGCCACUCUGUCCAGGCCUUUCAAUAUUUGGUAGGUUUCAAUGAAAUUGCUGUUUAAUCCCCCCUCAUUUUUCUAAACUCACUGAACCAUCAGGGAAACAAUUUUACAGUUGCAAAAUAUGCUUCAUAUUGCUUUUGUCCUGAAAUACCCCAAUAAUUUGAUAGCUUUUUGUUGGUUUUAAUUCAACUGCUUUUGAUAUGAUCAAUUAUUCAAUAAUUGAUAUAAAAGUUGAUGUCAUGCCAAAAAGUUGAUGUCACCAGUGCCUCUGCUUCCUUAGGAAGCUAAAGAAAUUCAGCAGGUUCCCAUUGAUUCUUACCAAUUUUUAACAAUGUACUAUAGAAAACAUUCAUUCUGUCUGGAUACGUUACGAUUUCAUAUCACAACUGCUCUGCACUUUAUUGAAAAAACUGUUCAGUGCAUCACAGGAACCCACCGCCCUCCACUAACUUUCUUUACCUCUUGCUGCCUGAAGCAGUCAGCAUAAUCAAAGACCCCAUCCGCACCGAGCAAUCUCUCUUCCUCUUCCUCCCAUUGGGCAGAAGAUACAAAAGCUUGAAAGCACCUGUUAUCAGGCUGAAGGACAGUUUCUAUCCUGUUGUUAUUGGGCUUUUAAACAGACCUUGUACAACAAGAUGGACUCUUGGCCUUACAAUCUACAUGGAUAUGAUCUUAUACGUACUUUAUCGUUUACCUGCACUAUACUCUUCUGGUUCAUUUUAUUCUGCUUUGUAUAUCUUAUUCUAUCACAAGGCACUGCGUGAUGAUUUGAUCUGUAUGAACAGUUUGUAAGACAAGCUUCUCACUGUAUCUGGGUAUAUGUGACAGUAAUAAUCUAAUGCCGUGAGUUAGCGCGUGGCCUAGUGGGCAAGGCAUCAGACUAGUAACCUGAAGGUCACUGGUUUGAACCUCAGCUGAGGCAGAGUGUUUGUGUCCUUUAGCAAGGCACUUAACAACACAUUGCUCUGUGACGACACCGGUGCCAAGCUGCAUGGGUCCUAAUGCCCUUUCCUUGGACAACGUCGGUGGCGUGGAGAGGGGAAGGCCUGCAGCUUGGGCAACUGCCGGUCUCCCAUACAACCCUGCCCAGGCCUGCGCCCUGGAAACCCCAGGCGCAGAUCCAUGGUCUCUCGAGACUGAUGGAUGCCACCAAUCUAAUGCCAGUAUCAGUACCAUGCUGAAGCAAACUAAGAAACUAAUAUCAUUAUUUCUUUGUAUGUUAGUUUUCUGCCUAGAUAGUGAGAUUUCAUCGUAGAAUUAGGAGUUUAGAAUCAUAGAACCAUACAGCAAGAAACAGUGCCUUCAGCCCACCACCAAGCUCCAAUCCAUUUACCAGUGAUCCUUACCCUGGUGAUUUACGUGCUGAUUGAGAUGGUCCCUGUGAGAGUCUGUGCCUUCCCUACGCGCUCAGUCAUUGCGUUCCAGAUCCAACCACUCAGAGUAAGAAAUUUGCCCCGUUGAUCCCCUCAAAAACCUCCUUGCCCAAACCUACUCUGUGUAGUUUUAGGCACCCUACUAAAAUUGCUGAUUUGGUUUAUUCUUGUCAGAUGCACUGAGAUGCAGUGGGAAGUUUGACUUGCAUACCACCUCUACAGUAAUACAUAGGAAAACAAUAACAGAAUGCAAAAUGAAGUGUUACAGAGAAGGUGCAGGCAGAUAUUAAGGUGCAAGGCCACAACAGGUUAGAUGCUGUGGCCAGGAGUCCAUCUUAUCAGACAGGGAGACUACUCAGUAUAGAAAUGGGAUAGAAGCUGUCCUUGAGUCUGGUGGUAGGUGUUUUCAGGCUUUUGUAUCUUCCGCCUGAUUGGAGAGGGAAGAAGAGAGAAUAUCUGGGGUGGACGGGGUAUUUUAUUACGCUGCCUACCACGGCGUUGAGAAGUUUGGAAGGCAUCCCUGGAGGGGAGGAGGCUGAUUUCCAUGAUGCGCUGAGCUAUGUUUUGCAGAGAGACGUUUCUUGUUAAAUCUUUAUACAAUAAGUAGAGCCCAUUGGUUCUACUGUCCCUUGCAGCAAAGUUCUCUGGACCACCACAGCUUGAUGUGUUAAAUGAUUCCUAAUGUUGAUUUCAUAGCCAGUCUCCCUAAACAUGUGUCUUCUGAUCACAGGCACCCAGCUCUCCUCAUUCUAUCUGUCAUAGAACACUGCAGCACUGAAACAGGUCCUUUGGCCCAUCUAAUCCGUGCCAAGCUAUUAUUCUGCCUCGUCCCAUUGACCUGCACAUGAACCAUAGCCCUCCGUACUCCCCCUAUCCAUGUACUUAUCCAAACUUCUCUUAAAUGUUGAAAUCAAACUCCCAUCCACCACUUCUGCUGGCAACUUGUUCUUCAUUUGCAAAAUCCUCAGUGAAGAAACGCUCCCUCAUGUUGCUCCUCAGUCAUACAUAACUUUAAAUAUUCUAUUCUAAGGAGAUCUGUCACAGCUCCUCUGGUGACGUUCCUCAUUCCCUGGAUCCUUCCAAUACACCUCAUUAAUAAAUCUCUUCUAUACCAACUCAAAGACCUUGACCAUGUUCUCCAUUUGUGAGUCUCAGGUUGAUUGCAAUCUUUCAGCUGAGGCCAGACCAGUUAUGUUUAUACUUUCUCAUCUAAGCUUUCUUUUUAAAAUAAAUUCAAGAACCGUUUACUUUUUAAAAUAACUUACUGCAAUUAUUCUGUCACUGUUAAAGACUUCUGAUAAUGCAACAUUUUUUUUUGUGGAAGGCCAAAACCAGAAGAGCUUCAUUGUUGAAUCACUAAAAUCUCUUGGGAAUGUUUCAAAGAUUCAUUUUAAUAUCAGAGAAUCUAUACAGUAUACUACCUGAAAUGCUUACUCUUCAUGAAAUGAAGACAACCAUGAAACAAGAACCCCAUAGAAUGAAUGAUAGAAACAUCAAAGCCCGUCCUGUCCCCCUCCCACUCAUGUCAGCAGAGGCACUGACACCCCCCCCCCAUGCAAGCAGCAGCAGAAGCCCCCCCAAAGAGACCCCAAUCCAUCAAAGCUACAGUCCAUAACCCAACACUUCAAGCAUCUGGCCAUCAGGGAAGAGAGAGGUUGCCCCCCAACGACGAGAGUGGAGACCAGAAACUUGUUCUGAUGUUACGAUCUUCCACGUUGCUUCUCUCUUUCUCCAUCAGAGAGAGAGAGGGAGCACUUGAGUACAGGGGCCUUCUGCUGGCAGCCGGUGAUUAGCAAACCCCAUUGCCCGCUGUCCCGAUGCUUCAGUCAGCGCAGUAGGCAAGAAGCUGAGCCACUUCCUGAAGGCACAAGUUUUCCAGGCCAUACCUAGAGAUAGUGAAGCGCUAGGCCACACAGCUGGUGCAAAAACCCACUGCUUGCCAAGUACUGUAUUUGAAUCGCGGUUCACAGAUCCCAACCCCCUUGAAAAGAAAAGAAAGACAUAAGGAGAAUAAGCUGUUUGUAGACAAACUGGAAGAAAACUGCUGAUGCUAACUUUGUUGUUUUAUUAAGAAAUACAGCGCAGUAACAGGCCCUCUGUCCCAAUGAGCUCACGCCACCCAGUUACACCCAUGUCAUCAAUCAGUUGACUAACCUUUGGAAUGUAAGAGGAAACACAUACUCAUGGGGAGAACAUACAAACUCCUUAUACAUAGCAGUGGGAAUUGAACUCAGGUUUCAAGCACUAUAAUAACAUUAUACUAUCUGCUACGCUAUUGCGGUGUCCUCAACUCUGAAACUGUGUGUCCCCAGUAAAUUGGCAUAACGUAGUCAGCCCUAUCUUUACCAAUUCAGUCCUGUUCCAAAGCCCAACAGUGAGCCUGAAAUGAUCAGGAGCAGGUGUGAUCCCAGGCAAUUGAUAACAGUGACCAAUAAAGGGCAGUUUUACUGCUUUUUGAUCCUACAAAAUACUAAUAUCACCAAACUCAUCAAUGUUUUCUAUCAUUUCAGCUUCCUUUUAAAGAUUCCAUUCUCUAUGGCAAAGCAGUCUAGUUAAUUGGGCCCAGAAAGCUCAGGAAGCCAAACUUUGGGAAGACAAACCAGGGUAGGAGUGUGAUAGAACAAAGGGAUCUUGGAAUACGGAUCCACAAUUCCUUGAAAGUGGUGUCACGGUUAGAUAGGAUUGUAAAAGGAGCUUUUGGCAUCAUAAAUUUGAGCACAGGAUGACAACAAAAUUGGGGAUGCAGUGGGCAGCAAGGAAGGUUAUCAUGGCUUGCAGAGGGAUCUGCACCAGCUGGGGAAAUGGUCUGAAAUAUGGCAGAUGGAAUUUAAUGCAGACAAGUGCAAGGUGUGGCACUUCGGUAAGACCGACCAGAGUAGGUCUUACACAGUGAACUGUCAGGAACUGAGGAGUGCAGUAGAACUAACGGAUCUGGGAAUACAGGUCCAUAAUUCAUUAGAAGUGGUGUCACAGUAGAUAAGGUUGUAAAGAAAACUUUUGGCCUAUUGCCCUUCAUAAAUCUUAGUAUUAAGUACAGGAGUUGGGGUGUUACGUUGAACUUGUAUAAGACAUUGGUGAGUUUUGUGUCCAGUUGUGGUCACCUAGAUACAGGAACAUAUCAAUAAGAUUGAAAGAGUACAGAGAAGAUUUACAAAGAUGUUGCUGGUACUUGAAGACUUGAGUUAUAAGGAAAGGUUGAAUAGGUUAGGACUUUAUUCCCUGGAGGAUGAGGAGAGAUUUGAUAGGGGUAUACAAAAUAAUCAGGGGUAUAGAUAGGGUAAAUGCAAGUAGGCUUUUUCCACUGGGGUUGGGUGAGACUAGAGAUAGGAGUCAUAGGUUAAGGGUGAAAGGUAAAAUAAUAAAGGGGAACCUGAGGAGGAAGGCCAUCACUCAGAGGGUGGUGCAAGUGUGAAAUGAACUGCCAGCCAAAGUAGUGGAUGUGGGUUCGAUUGCAAGGUUUAAGGAAAGUUUGGAUAGGUACAUGGAUGGGAGCGAUAUGGAGGGCUGUGUUCCAGAUGCCAGUCGAUGGGACUAGGCAGAAUAACAGUUUGGCAUGGACUAGAUGGGCUGAAGGGCUCAUCUGUGCUGUAGCACUCUAUGACUAUGGAGUUUAACCUGGUCAAAUAUGAGCCAUUGCUUUUUGGAGAUCAAAUGUAAAGGGACAGCACGAUGUUAAAUACUGAGGUGCUAUGGAGUUCAACACGAGGGAUCUUAAGGUACAAGUCUAUUAUGCCUUGAAAAUGGCUACACAUGUUGUUAGGAUGGUGAAGAAGACAUAUGGCAUGUUUGCCUUUAUCAGUUGAGGCUCUGACAUUACCCCAACCCUAUACUUCACAAAAAUCAGCUUAAAAUUAUGCCCUCUAGUAUUAGUCAUUUCUGCCCUGGAGAAAAGUACUGGCUGUCCAUUCCUAUCUGUGCCUCUUAUCAUCUUGUACAUCUCAUUCAAGUCACUUCUCGUCCUCCUUCACUCCAAAGAGGAAAGUACUAUCUCGCUCCACCUCUCUUCAUAACACAUGUUUUCUGGUCCAGUUAUCAUCCUGGUGAAUCUCCUCUGCACCCUGUAUAAAGCUUCCAUCUCCUUCCUAUAAUGAGGGGAUCUGAAGUCUUAUUAAGGCACUGCUCCUUGAAGUUGUCCUUGGUGACUAUUAUAUGAAUGCUGACAUUCUUAGAGAUGCUGCUACAGAAAUUUCUUGCACCAAGUAGUCCAUUCCUAGAGUCAUAGACAUAUGCAAUAUGGAAAUAAGUCCUUCAGCCCAUGAAGUCCAUGCUAAUUGUAAACCACCCACAAAUCCUGUGUUAGUCCCAUCUUUUUAUUCUGCUUCUCACCUACAAACUAGGAGCAAUUCACAUUCCCCAGUCAGUUUACCUACCUGCUCCUCUUUGGGAUGUGGGAGGAAACCAGAGCACCCAGAGGAAAUCCAUAUGGUCACAGGGAGAGCAUCCAAACUCCCCACAGACACGGUUACAGGGAACAUACAAACUCCACACACACAGCACUCAAUGUCAGGAUCGAACCUAGGUCUUCUGAGCUGUGCAGAGAGGUUCUACUCAAUAAAUGCUGGAGAAAAUCGACAGGUCAGGCAGCAUCUAUGGAGAGGAAUGAAGAGCCCAUGAGUUGGGAUGAGAAGAUUCAUCAACUUGUGUUAACUCAUAACAGAUGUGUGCAAAAUUGGUAAAGUCAGCAUUAAUAUGAUUUACAUCUUUACAGAGUCCUCUUUUUCAGUGGUUGGUAAUUGCUGACGUGUACUGAAGUACAGUGAGAAUGUUUUGCUUGCAUUUAAUCCAGACAGAUCUUCCAUACAAUAGGUGAUGGAAAAGGAACAAAAAAACACAAAAUGCAGAAUAUAGUAUUAUAGUUACAGAGAAAAUGCAGUGCUGGUAAAUAAAUAAAAUGCAAGGGCCAUGAUGGGGUAGAUCAAGAGGUCCACUUUAUCACACGAGAUCUUCCCAUGACCAAUAGUCUUACUACGGUGGGGUAGAAGCUGCCCUUGACGGUAUGUGCUUUCAAGCUUCAGUCAUCUUCUGUCAAUGGGAGAGGGGAGAAGAGGGAAUGGCCAGAAUAGGUGGUUCUUUGAUUCUGCUGGCUGUUUUACCGAGGAAGCAGGAAGUGUAGAUGGUGUUCAUUGGAGUGGAGGCUGGUUUGCAUGACAAACUGGCUGAAUUCUCAGCUCUGUCGUUUCUAGCAGUCUCAGCGCAGUAAUUGGGGACAUGCCCAAUUUCCUUAGCCUUCUGAGAACUUUUAGGACAUUUUCUCUUUUCCCCUCUUCCACUAGGGCAGAAGGUAUAAAAGCUUGAAAGAACAAACAACAUAAUUAAACAUAUCUUCUACCCCAAUGUUAUAAGGCUAUUGAAUAGUUCCCUGGUAUAAAAUGGAGUCUUGGUCUUACAGAUUAUGUUGUUAUGAUCUUAUAGUUUACCUACACUGCCCUUUCUCUGUAGCUGUUGCACUUUAUUCUGUAUUCUGUUAGUCUUUACCUUAUUCUAGCUCGGUACACUGUGUAAUGAUUUGAUCUAUAUGAAUAAUAUGUAAAGCUUUUCAUGGUAUCUUGGUACACGUGACAAAAAUAAACCAAUUCCAAUUCCAAUACAACAGUUGUAGAACUUCCUCAAUACCAGGAGUCCUAAGACAUUUAAUUGCCAGUGGAGGAAAAUUACCCUUUUGAAGCAUAGUCUCCAUCACAGAUGGGAAAAGAGAUCGAAGUUUCAGGCCAAGACCCCUCCAUAGAUGUUGCCUGACUUGCUGAGUUCCUCCAACAUUUUGUAUCUGUUGCUUAAGAAUUUUAGCAUCGGCAGGAUCUCUUGUGUUUACGAGAAACACAAUAUACAUCUAACAUAAUCAACAAUGUGGUAACCAUCAUUUCAGCAGGCAGUUGGUUGAGAGAGAUGGAGAUUGGACAGACACUGAGAUAUAUUUCCAGCUCCUUUCUGAUGGCCCAUGAGAUCUUUCAAACUGAGAGUGCAAGAGCUUGCAAUUUCACAGUGGAGUUGUCCGCUCUGACAGUGCAGCAUCUUAGUCCAGAAACAGAGUCUCAGCAAGAGGCUUUGAACUUCAGCUGCUGCUCUCCCCAGGGUCUGAAGUGAUUAAUGCUGUGAGAUGUGGACAUAGCUCAGUCCUUCAUGGAAACAUCCCCAGCCACCACGGGCACUUCUCAAUGUCUUGGUAAAGCAGCAGGCAUAAUUGAAGACCCCGCCUACCCCAGGACCUCUCUCUUCACGAUCAGGGUUCAAUUCCCCCUGCUGUUUGUAAGGAUCUCUCCAUGACCAUGUUGUAUUCCUCUGGUUUCCCACAUUCCAAAGACAGACGGGUUAGUAACAGUACAUUGUGGACAUGCUGUGCUGGCAACACUUGUGUCUGACUCCAGCACACCCUCGGAUCAGUAUUAUUUAUUGUCUAUGAUCAUUGAUGCAAGCAACGCAUUUCACUGCACGUUUGGACAUUUUGCUAUACUUGUGACAAAUAAAGCUAAUUUCUCCCCCUCCCUAUCAGGGAUAAGAUACAAAAAUUGAAAGCACAUUUACAAAGCUCAAGGACAGAUUCUAUACUGCUGUAAUAAGACUGUUGAACGAUCUCCAAGAAAAAUAAAGAUGGACUC